AUGAGAAAAACGAUUGGCUACUCAAUGGUGGCCGUCCAGUUCUUUGCGCAAAUUUCCCCGGCAUUUGCCGGCAUCUUUCAGGCUGAUGAACAGUCUGUGGCACAGACGGCUAUGGAGGCCGGACGUGUGCUGCAGGGCAGCAACAGUGGUGAUGCCGCCCGCCAGUUGCUGACCAGCCAGGCUUCCGGGCAGGCAGCAGAUGCGGUUACGCAGUGGCUGAAUCAGUUCGGUACAGCAAAAGCGCAGCUGAGCGUGGACAGUGACUUCUCCCUGAAAGGUUCGUCGCUUGACGUCCUGCUGCCGUUUUACAACACCCCGAAGAACGUGCUGUUCACCCAGCUCGGGAUGCGGGAUAACGACGGGCGAUUCACCACCAAUGCCGGACUUGGCCACCGUUACUUCACGGAUAACGGCUGGAUGCUGGGAUACAACGUGUUUUACGACGUGGACUGGCGCAACACCAACCGCCGCUACGGGAUUGGCGUGGAAGCCUGGCGUGAUUACCUUAAAGUAUCCGCCAACGGAUACAAACGUCUGUCCGACUGGCGGCAGUCCCCGACCGUUACCGAUUACGACGAGCGUCCGGCUGACGGCUGGGAUAUCCGUGCCGAAGGCUGGCUGCCUGCGUACCCGCAACUGGGCGGUAAGCUGGUUUACGAGCAGUAUUACGGGAAUGAAGUGGCGCUGUUCGGUGAGUCUGAACGCCAGAAAAACCCUCACGCCAUCACUGCCGGCGUCACCUGGACGCCGUUCCCGCUGCUGACCGCCGGUGUCGAUUACCGCCGGGGCAAAAACGGGGCUGACGACACCCGCCUGAACCUCGGUCUGACAUACCGUAUCGGUGAACCGCUGGCGCAUCAGCUGGACAGCAGCCGGGUGGGCGCACAACGUUCACUGGCCGCUAAUCGCCUGGAACUGGUGAAUCGUAACAAUGAUGUGGUGCUGGAAUACCGCAAACAGACGCUGAUUACCCUGCAGCUACCGCCGGAUGUGUAUGGUGCAGAACUGACGACCGUCACCCUGACGCCACAGGUGAAUGCAAAAUACGGACUGUCCCGUAUCGAACUUGACGAUGCAGAACUGCGUCAGGCCGGCGGGAAGAUUAUCAGCAACACCGGCAACCGGAUUACGCUGCAGUUACCCGCCUGGUCUGCCGAAAAUCAGAGUGUCACACUCUCCGGCAGGGCACGGGAUACCCGUGGCAACCUCUCUGAUAUUGCCCGUACCCGUAUUCUGGUGUCCCCGGCAGCACAGCAGCAACUGGCUGUCAGCACGGAUAAAACCACGGCCACUGCAGACGGUGCGGACAGUGUGCGCUACACCCUGACCGUCACGGGCAGUGACGGAAAACCGGUCAGCGGACAGGCUGUACGCUGGGAGCAUAACGGCGGCACGCUGAAUGGUGAGAACACCACGAACGCUGACGGUGUGGCCACAGCCACCCUGACCAGUCAGACUGCCGGUAUUAUCCGGGUUACGGCCACCACCCGUAACCAGACGGCAAAAGCGGCUGAUGUGACCUUCGUUGCCGCCAUGCAGGGAGAACUGCUGGCUGACCGUACUCAGGCGCUGGCAGAUGGUCAGGAGGCGGUCAGCUACACCCUGACGCUGAAAACCACUGACGGUAAGCCCCUUUCAGGGAAAAACGUCACAUUCACCACCACGGCCGGGCAACUGAGCCGGACACAGGGCACCACCGACCAGAACGGCCAGCUGUCUGUGCAACUGACCAGCCCCCGUGCCGGACAGGCGGUGGUGAAUGCCUCCGUGGACGGCACCACCAUCAGUGCCGCCCCGGUGACGUUUGAAAACCACCUGGAUUCCGCCAUUGUGGUGAACAAAACCUCCGCCGUUGCUGACGGGCAGGACAGCAUCAUUCUGACCGCUGUCAUCCGGGAUGCCGCAGGCAAUCCGGUCGCCGGGCAGGCUGUCACCUGGCACACAGACAACGGGCAGUUCACACAGCAGGAUGCAGUGACAAAUGCUGCCGGUGCCGCUUCUGCCACCCUGACCAGUACACAGGCCGGUAAUGCACAGGUAUCGCUUUCCCUGAACGGUACGACCACCACAGUAAGUGCUCCCCGCGUCAGCUUCACACAGCAGUUGUAUCUCACCCUGCAGGCUGGCAGGAGCACCGCUGUGGCUGACGGAAACGACGCCAUCACGUACACCCUGAACGUGCGUGACGCGGCAGGUCAGCCGGUGAAGGAUAAGGCCGUGCAGUGGAGCACCGACCUGGGCACACUUUCAGCCCAACAGGGCACAACCAGUGCACAGGGCGAAGCCACGGUAACACUGACCAGCACGCAGGCCGGACAGGCCGUGGUUAAUGCCACCGUGGACGGUAAACAAAUCAGCGCACAGUCUGUCACCUUCACCCGUACCGUCCGUGGUGUCAUCACGGUUGAAAAAGAGCGUGUUUAUCCGGGAAGCAGACAGACGGUCACCCUGACGCUGACGGAUGCCGCAGGCAACCCUGUCAGUGGCGAACGCGUGGACUGGCAUGCUGACAGUGGCAACCUCUGGCAGACACAGGGCACCACAGAUGCACAGGGCCGUGCCACCACGACAUGGGAAAGUACCAUGCCCGGAGCGGCCACCAUUACCGCUGACGCGUAUGGUCAGCAGUACACAGCCCCCGUCAUCACGGUCAUGCCUGCCCUGACGGUCAGCAACGUCACCGGCAUCGAUGCCACUGGCGCAGACGGCAAAAACUUUGGUAAGCGUGUCCCCAACAGCACCUGGCCGGGCGCGAAAUUCCGUGUUGAUACGGAGAAUGCCGCCGGCACAGUCACCUGGACUGCAUCCUCACCGGCCGUAAGCAUCAACGGUAAUAUCAUGACCGUAAAAAGCAAUCCGGCAGGCGUCACCCUGACAGGUACGGAUGCUGACGGACAGACUGUGACCCUGAAUAUGGGCAGCAACUGGUUUGCACAGAGUGCCACGAAAUGGGAGUGGCUGAGCGGUGACUAUGACGGAACAGCGAUUUACUCCUGCCGCCAGCUGGGCGCUCAGGUGGCUUCAUCCGGUGCCCUUCAGGGCAUUAUCAGUGAAUGGGGUGAACUGGAAACCUACGAUGGCUGGACAAACCUGAAAAAUAACUGGCUGUACUCCAGUACAACCGUUGUCAGUGGUAAUGGCGUGAAAAGUACCAUUGCGUAUCUCUUCCCCGGUGGCCAGGAAGGUCAGUUAACGGGGCUUCGUGGUUAUUACGCCUGCCGUUAA